UUUUAAAUUUGAGGAUUUUUUGCUUUUUGAAUUUUGAGGUUAAGUUAUAGUUGGUGGUGGUGCUUGAAAAUAGAUUUAAUUGAAAAUAAAAUUGUAUGUUGAUUAUAAUCAUAAUUAAUUUCGUGCAUAUGAAUAAAACUACAAGUAAUUAAGUUAUUAAAUUAAUGAAAAAGAAACGUGGGUUAAUCUAAUAGAAUUUAAUACAUUUUAAAACAAGAAAUAAGAAUCAUGUUUUGUCUUCGUUCAUUGGUAUCGCAUUUACGACGACCGAUUAAAAAUAAAUCUGUUUUCCUUUCACGUUUUACUUUUAAUAAUACAAAUAUUGGUCAAACUUCUUUCCGAUAUUACGGAUUAAAUGCAGAAAUUGAAGAUGAUUCGGAUGCAAUUGUCAAUGACCUGUGUAAAGGAGAUAGCAAUUUAGAAAAAAAGUUAAAAGUGCUCAUGCUGGAAGUAGAAGUCAUGCGUCAAGAUGGCCGCUGUGCACCAGACUAUAUUUCAAAAGACAAGUGGGCGCGAUUAUUGAAAAUGGAUACUAGGAAUCAAAGAAAUAAUUUCUUACUAUAUCUUUUUAAACUUGAAAAGAAAAAAGAAAAUGAAAAAGCUAGAAAAGAAGCAAGAAAGAAACAGCUGGAGGAGUCACCACUAGAAGAAUUUAGAGAGUAUCCAGACGAUCUGUUAUAUGGCAUCCAAUACCAAUCAUUGUUCUUACGCAUUCGUGAUAGCAGUAUGAAUAUGUUUGAUAAUUACAGGGCCCUCAGAUCCAUCAUUUAUGGUCAAUCUGUUGUUAUAGAUUGUUCAUAUGAAGAGCAUAUGGUAUGGAGAGAAACCCUAAAUGCUGCAAAACAGAUGACUUUUUUAUUUGGCGACAACAGAAUUCACAAGGACCCCUUCAACUUGCACAUGUGUAAUGUUAAACCAAAUGGGGAAUUUAUGAAACAGUUAAGAAAGAAUAUACCAUCACUUGAAGAGCCAUGGUUCCCUAUGAAUAUACAUUCUGAGAGCUAUUUAGAUUUAUUUCCUAAAGAGAAACUUGUGUAUUUAACACCACAUUGCAGAGAAGAACUGACUUCUUUUGACCCUGAGGCAGUGUACAUUGUUGGCUGUAUGGUUGAUAAGAUGAAUAAUGAACCUCUGUCAUUGGCAAAAGCAAAGAAAGAUGGCCUAAAAAUGGCUAAACUGCCUCUAGACAGAUACAUUGAAUGGGCACCCGGCUCAAAGAAAAAUUUGAAUAUAAAUCACAUGAUACCAAUACUUUUAGAUUUAAGACUCACAGGUGAUUGGGAGUUUGCACUGAGACAUAUUCCAAGGAGAAAACUAAUGGAAACUAAAAUAUUAGCCAUGCAAAAGAGAUUUGAUAAUACUUCCCUGAAUAGACAAGACCUGUUCAAAAGUUUCAAAAAUGUACGUAGGAAUAGUUCACUAACUAUGAAUGAAAAGAAGUUCAAAUCUAAAAGGUCACUAUAUUAUGAUGAUAUGUAAGAAAGAAUAAGAAAAUAAAAUAUUUGAAAUAUUUA